AUGGCGGAUAUCGACGCAACGUUACAAAGGAUAAUGUCGCAGAAGGGCGUAGUCGGUUUAUUGGUGAUGGAUGACAAAGGAAGACCGAUAAGGUCGACGUUCAGUGAACAGCUGACUUCGCAGUAUGCGCCCCUUCUCCGACAGCUGGCCGAAAACUGUAGGGACACUAUGCGCGCGAUUGAAGCCUCUGACGAUGUGAAAUACAUAAGUAUCCGCUCCGCAAAGCACGAGGUGAUGUUCACGAUCGAUCAGCAGUUUACUUUUAUCGUUCUUACGACGAUUUAUGAAUAA